CUCCGCGGGGCCGCGCCUCCCCCGGAGCCGCCCGCUCGGCCCCCCCCCCAGCUCCGGCGGAGCUCCGCGGCCGGCGGCUGCCGCUGCCCCCCCGGGGGUGCGCGGCUGGCGGGAGGUGGGCGAGCGGGCGUGGGGAAUGGAGACGCCCGACAGCAUCCUCGGGGCCGUGUGACAGCGAGCGGCGCUCAGACGCGCGCACCGAGCCGCAGCCGGAGCCCCGCCGCCGGCGCAGCGCCGGGCACAGCCGCCCUGCCCCGUCCCGUCCCGCGGGGAGCCGGCAUGGAGUGACAGCAGCCGCCAGGAGAAGCCCCAAAGAGAAACAGAGAUGGCCAAAUUGACAGAGUCGAUGACCAACGUCCUGGAAGAAGACUCAAUGGAGCAGGACAUCGAGAGCCCUGUCACAAUCCAUCAACCAAAGUUGCCCAAACAAGCAAGAGAGGAUCUGCCAAAAAACAUCAGCAAAGAAUGUGCCAAGAGGAAAAUCCAGAGGUACGUUCGGAAAGAUGGGAAAUGCAACGUCCACCACGGGAAUGUCAGAGAGACUUACCGGUACUUGACUGACAUCUUCACCACCCUGGUGGAUCUCAAGUGGAGGUUCAACCUGCUGAUCUUUGUCAUGGUUUACACGGUGACCUGGCUCUUCUUCGGCAUGAUCUGGUGGCUCAUUGCCUACAUGCGAGGGGACAUGGAUCACAUAGGGGACAGCACGUGGACCCCCUGCGUCAGCAACCUCAAUGGGUUUGUCUCAGCCUUUUUAUUCUCAAUCGAGACCGAAACCACCAUUGGGUACGGUUACCGGGUCAUCACGGACAAGUGUCCCGAGGGAAUUAUCCUGCUUUUAGUGCAGUCUGUCCUAGGUUCUAUCGUCAACGCCUUCAUGGUUGGCUGCAUGUUUGUGAAAAUAUCCCAACCCAAGAAGAGGGCAGAAACCUUGGUUUUUUCUACAAACGCAGUCAUUUCCAUGCGGGAUGGAAAGCUGUGUCUGAUGUUCCGAGUAGGAGACCUUAGGAAUUCACACAUUGUAGAGGCAUCAAUACGAGCCAAGUUGAUCAAAUCCAAACAGACAAAGGAGGGGGAAUUUAUACCACUCAACCAGACAGAUAUCAACGUAGGUUAUUACACAGGGGAUGAUCGUCUCUUUUUGGUUUCACCACUGAUCAUCAGCCAUGAGAUUAACCAGCAGAGUCCUUUCUGGGAGAUUUCCAAAGCCCAGUUGCCCAAAGAGGAGCUAGAAAUUGUUGUAAUCCUAGAAGGAAUGGUGGAGGCAACAGGGAUGACCUGCCAGGCUCGCAGCUCCUACAUCACCAGUGAGAUCCUCUGGGGCUAUCGCUUCACCCCCGUCCUCACGCUGGAGGAUGGCUUUUAUGAGGUUGACUACAACAGUUUUCACGAAACCUACGAGACCAACACCCCCGUUUACAGUGCCAAAGAGCUGGCAGAGAUGGCCAGCCGAGCAGAACUGCCCCUGACCUGGUCUGUUUCCAGCAAGCUGGACCAACACGCCGAGCUGGAAACGGAGGAGGAGGAAAAGAACCAAGAAGACCAAAACGAAAGAAACGGAGAUGUGGCCAACUUGGAGAAUGAGUCCAAAGUGUAGAACCAGAGGAGAAAUAAAGGCCACACCACCUCCUUUAUCUCCUCUCUCUCUGCUCCCUGUUUCUUUCUGCGACACGCCUUUAAUUUUUUUCUCUUCCUGUUAUUGGUAACUCACGGAAAAUAAACAUUUUAGAUGAGAAUUCCCAACUUCAACCCAAGAGAUUCCCAGACUAAGCCAAGGCGUGGGUUCAAGCUGCAACACUCAUCAAGGAUGGUGGAAUCUCCCCCUGGCAGUGACUGAUGGCCCCUCUCCAGUGCAGACCUCCAGGUUUAUCCACAUUAACAACACAAAAACCAAUCCCUGAAUGAAAAGGAAAUGUAUGCAAGGGAUUUUAAAGGAAAAACUAAUUAAUGCCCAUCGAUGGGCCUUGACUGAGUGUUUAUAUAUUUCAGGACAGUUUCACAGACUGGGUGACAGUGGAAUGGGCCUUGCAGCUUUAAAAGGAAGGUGAGCAGAGGGAUCUGCAAUCCCACACGACCCUGUACAUAUGCCUUAUGUAACUAUUUCUCUCUACAUUUAGUAAUAAACGCCGCAUGUACAAAAGUACUGUAGUAAAGAACUUCUAAAUAAUGUACACAGCUGUGUAAUUAAUGUAGGUUUAGAAACAGAGCUCUAGAAAUAUUGGGAUGCAAAAACUAACUACCCGUCGAGUAGGCAUUUCUCUUCAAAUAUUUGCAGUGUAAAAUUGAUUUUAAUUUUUUUUUUUCCCCCCUCCCCUUUAUGACUCUUCUAGUGCAUAACAUUUUCUUCAGUGUACCAGACUGGCAGCUAUUUAGAGUACCUCAACUGUUGGUCAAACAGAUUGUUUCAUUCACUCUAAAAAGCCAUAAGUCUGGGAGAGGGCAGGGUAGAGAAUUGUACUCUUGACAUACUGUGAAAAUGUUUACAAAUAAGGCAAAACCCUUCCUGGUUACUCUUUUUUGGGGACAGUUCAACUGAAAAAAAAAAAAAUUGAGGCUGUGGCAAACUCAUGGCUAACCAGAAUUCCCUGUAUACUCUUCAUAUAACGAGCACGUGUCACGUGGAGGGGUUAUCCUUAAUGUGCAAUAUCCAGGGAAUCUGCUCCCACGGGAUUUCAGUGGAGUAGUUUGCUACACACAAAAGAAACCCCACACACCAAGCCAUUGAAAAAUGAAUGUUGCACCUCAGCUAGUAGAUUUUAGCUACUUUAGCUGGGAAAGAAACAGCUGGAUUUCAUGUGGGGAUGGAAUCCAUGAAAUUUGCAAUUUGCUGGUGCUGAGGCGCGGUGGGCACAACAUCCCUGGGGGUGUCCUUCCACCAGGAUUCCCAGGAGAACACAGGGAUCCUGCCACCACGCUCAGGGGAGCCAUUCCUCAGUGAGUUUCUCCACCUUAGGGAGCUCCCUGGUUGUUGUAAAUCCCUGGAAAACCCUGGACAUUCCAUCCACGGGGCAGAGAGAACUCGCAUCAUGUCCACGGCAGUGGGGGAGCUCGGCCCCACCAAGAACAGCAAAGGAGGAGAAGCUGCAGCCUUAAUUUUGGGGGUUUUUUUCAUGCCUGCCUACUCCAGGAAGAAAGACAACACUGAAGAGAACCUGAAGUUUUUUGGGUUUUUUGUUUGUUUGGUUUUGGGUUUUUUUGUACAGAAAAAUUUACGUUUAAAUAAAAGAGAAAAAAAAAUAAACCUCAGGAGAAACUUGGUGGGCAGGUGGAAAAUUUGCACUGUGAUAUAGCUUUGGCAUUAAAUUCACACCUCUUUUCCUUUUUUUUUUUUUUUUUUAUUUUAUUUUUUUUUUUGCUGGUACAAUUGCCCCUUGCUAAUUUUCAGAGAAGGUGGAUGAUUUUGGGGGGAGGUCCUCCAGGUGAGGAGGUCACAACAGGGCCUGGGGAAGGGAAGAGAAGGGAAGGGAAGGGAAAGGUCACACACCAGGGCAGAUCAGGCUGGAUGGGAAGAGGGUUUUUUGUUUCAGCACUGACCAUUCUCCCCUAAAAGGAGAGAUGCAGGAUGCAAGGAUGCAAGGAAUGGUGCAGGAUGAGGAUUUGGGGUGGGUGAUUCUGGCAGCUCAGUGAAGGUUGGGACACUUCUGGGAGACAGCACUUGGCCACAAGCUCAUCCUCCUGCCCCAGCAGCAACCCCGUGCUCCAGCCCAUCCAUCACCACCCCCAGGGUUCCCUAAAAAUCAGGGUUUUUAGGGAAAAGUGGCUCCACAGCCCCUCUGGAAGCGUUGGGGCCGCGGAGCCGCCCGCGCGCGUCCGUCCCACCAAAGGUGCGCGAGCUGAAAGCAAAGAUUUCCCUCCGAGGAUAAAAUGCUUUUGGCUCUCAGAAUUCACUGGACCACUCUGCAAGUCGUUGCUGCAGGUUGAUAAAAUUUGUGUUGCAGCUCAGGGCCCUGAUGAAAGCUUUUUUUUGUGUCCUUCAGCACGGAAAAAGAGAGACUUUCCGCCACUGGGGCAUGCGCAUGUGUAAGCUUUAUUUUUGUGAAUAGGGCACUUACAGCUUAAGGUGUGUGUGUUUUGUCUCUUUCUCUCUCUUCCCCCUCCUGUAUUUUCUUGUCUUUGGUAUCCAUGUAGUACGGACUGUAAAGUUUAUGAAAUCUCAUUUUUGUAACAUAAGCUUUAAAAAAAAAAAAUAUAGAAGCCUCCAAAGCUUUCAACGGGGAAGCUUCACGUAAACUUUGUACUAGAAUGUCCCUAUCAAACACCUCUAUUUUUCUACAAUGAUUGAUUAAGCAGUUUAACAAUGUAUUUUGUGUCAAUGAUUUCAAUUGAAUUGGUACGAAGACAAUUAAGAAUUGAAUGCUGUUAAUUAACAAUGGAUUUUCAAGCCGUA